GUAUAUCCGCUCUCUUUCUCCGCCAUCUUAUGUCGCCUUUCUAUUGUUCAUAAUUGAAGUUAGCAAGGGCGGCGGAGCUAUUUAUUGCGCAUUAAACCAUUUCUGCAUAUUGUUCAGGGGACAUCAGCAACAUAGGGGAAAAAACAAAGGAUUCAAGGUUAUCAUAGAAUACGACACACGAGGAUUUCUCUCAGGGUUCGAGCUCACACUCGGUCGGAAAAUAUGAUGGACGACGAACAACCCAAGACCUUGUAUGUGGGAAACCUGUCCCGGGAUGUGACCGAAGCCCUCAUCAUGCAGCUGUUUGGCCAGAUUGGCCCCUGCAAGAGCUGUAAAAUGAUAGUAGAUACGUCAGGUAAUGACCCAUACUGCUUUGUGGAGUUCUACGAACACAGGCACGCUGCCUCGUCACUCGCAGCCAUGAACGGUCGUAAAAUAAUGGGUAAGGAGGUUAAGGUGAACUGGGCCACAACGCCUAGCAGCCAGAAGAAAGACACAAGCAAUCAUUUCCACGUUUUUGUCGGAGACCUCAGUCCUGAAAUCACCACAGAUGACAUCAAAGCUGCUUUCGCUCCCUUUGGAAGGAUAUCUGAUGCCCGUGUUGUAAAAGACAUGGCUACCGGCAAAUCUAAAGGCUAUGGCUUUGUGUCCUUCUUUAACAAAUGGGAUGCAGAAAAUGCCAUACAACAGAUGGGCGGUCAGUGGUUGGGGGGGCGGCAGAUCAGGACCAACUGGGCCACCAGGAAGCCUCCGGCGCCCAAAGCCACCUACGAGACGAACACAAAACACCUGUCCUUUGAGGAGGUUGUGAACCAGUCCAGCCCCAGCAACUGUACUGUCUACUGUGGAGGAGUGACAACAGGCCUUACAGAGCAACUGAUGAGGCAGACCUUCACCCCAUUUGGUCAGAUCAUGGAGAUCAGAGUUUUCCCAGACAAAGGUUACUCUUUUGUCAGGUUCAACUCCCAUGAGGGAGCAGCCCACGCCAUAGUGUCAGUAAAUGGUACGUCCAUAGAGGGUCACGUGGUCAAGUGUUACUGGGGUAAGGAGACCACAGAUAUGGUCAGCCCCAUGCAGCAGGUACAGGUGCCUCAGCAGAACAAAAUGGGCUUUGCGGCACAGCCCUACGGCCAGUACGCCCAGUGGUACGGUAACGCCCAGCAGAUCGGCCAGUACGUCCCUAAUGGGUGGCAGGUGCCCACCUACGGAGUCUACGGACAGGCCUGGAACCAGCAGGGCUUCAAUCAUUUACAGGCGGGCGCAGGGUGGACGGGCGUGGGAGCCGUCAGUAAUGGCAGCGUGGUGGAGCCUGGGCAGGGCGUCAACGGAACGGUGCUGGCCAACCAGUCUGGCAUGGGCACCGCCGGAUACCACACCCACUGAUCAGCGUCGGCCUCCUACCCUCCACCACCACCAGGAAUCCUGCUGGGGGGGGGUGGUGGGGGAGGGGUGGGGGGGGACAUGUGCUCCGUCUUUUACAACAUGAUUAAGAACUCUAUGGCGGGGGAAGAGGUGUGAGAUUCCACUUCUCCUUGCACCUGUCAUACCCCCCCCCCCCCCCCCCCCCCCCGUUCCCAAACCUUGUUACAUGGAAGUUUUAAGAUGGAGAAGAGGUGGGUGUGGUGGAGGAAACGCUGGUGUCAUCGGAGGUUGAGAGUUGCCCAGUUGCCCGGUCCUGGGAUAUAAGAUACUCACAUAUACAUACACCCAUGCACGCACACACACACACACAGACACGCCACCCUGCAAAGGUCUUUGGCCUGGUGUCAGAUUGACUCACCAAUCAGAAAGGACUAUGCCAUUUUUAAUUAAAAAGUACUAUUAAAUGAAUAAAAUACAUGAUAAAAAAACAGCAAUUUUUUUUUGGGGGGGGGGGUGCUUUUUCUUGUUGGUUUGUUUAGAGCGAUUUCAACUGCUGAUAUCGUUAAAAAACUAGCUUUGCCUUUUUUUUUUUUUUUGGGACUGUAAUUUUAAAUAAAUGUUUAAAGCAAUGACACCAUGGAAUCGUGAAAUCUAAGAAUCUUUUGUUUUUUAUGUUUAUAAAAAUCAAAUGGAUGUCAACUGUUGUAUUUUUUUAAAUUAGAUUUUCAAUAUCUCAACUAAAAACCAAUUGCAGGGAUUACUGCCACUGUUCUUCUUUCUUUUAAAGGCAGACAAAUAUUGCACAAUACUAUUAUUCUUGGUUACCUUUUCACAAAAUUUGAUGUUACACAAAUUCUAGGUAUUUUGAAUUGUUUUGCAUUCCAUUUUUUUUCUUUUUGAAACUUCUUUUUAGGAGGGCUUACGUACGUAUACGGUUUUGUAUGUAAAUAACCAAACAAAAGUCUGUUCAACUGUUCUGACGCUGUAUAAAGAGGAAAAAAAACUAAUGUUAAUUAUGAACGCUUGCUUGCUUUUUUUUUUUUUUUUUUUUUUGAUGGGUGGGAUGGGUUUAGGGAACUUUAAAGUAGAUGUGGGUGUGUUAGCAUCACUGUUAAAUGCUGGUCCAUGACAAUGUAGGGACGGUGCAACAUUGAAUACUUCCAGGGGCCUGAGGAGAGCAAACAGCGUUGCUAUGCAGUGCAAAAAUGAUGUAGACUAAAAAGAAAUGUAGAAUUAAAGUUAUUCUUUGUAUAAAACCUAAAUAUUGAACUUUUUGCUGUUUUUUUUUAUGAUGAAGUAGUAAAUAGUUUAAAAAUAAAUUUGAGAGGAUCUUAAUUUUGCACUGGGGCCCCCAUGGAGUUGUUUCAAUAAUACAGCUGGAUGUGACCCAUUGUAAUUGCCUUAUUUUGAGUUUUUUUAAUUUCAACCAACCGAUUAUAAAGAGUAGGCAGUGCCUAAGGAUAUUUUCAGACCUUGUUUUGAGGCAGGUUUUUUUUGGGCUGGGGGGGAUGGUUAUGUUGAUGAUGCUAUAACGUGUUAUUGCUUUGUUCAUUAAAAUGCUGAUGCAUAUAAACACUG